AUGUCUUCCAAUACCGUUUUAUUCACUUCAGAGUCUGUCACUGAAGGUCACCCAGACAAGAUCUGUGAUCAAGUCUCUGAUGCCGUCCUCGACGCUUGUCUCGCUCAAGAUCCAGCCUCAAAGGUUGCUUGUGAAACCUGUGCCAAGACUGGUUUAAUUAUGGUCUUUGGUGAGAUUACCACCAAGGCAGUCAUUGACUACCAAAAGGUCGUUCGUGAGACCAUCAAGAAGAUCGGUUUCGAUGACUCUUCAAAGGGAUUCGAUUACAAGACUUGCAAUGUUUUGGUUGCAAUUGAACAACAAUCACCAGAUAUUGCUCAAGGUGUCCACGUCGACAAGAACCCAGAGGACAUUGGUGCUGGUGAUCAAGGUCACAUGUUUGGUUAUGCCACCAACGAAACCCCAGAGUUGAUGCCAUUGACUCACUAUUUGGCCUCAGAGUUGGUUACCAAGCUCACUGAGCUCCGUAAGAACGGAACUCUUCCAUGGGCUCGUCCAGACGCCAAGACUCAAGUCACCGUCGAGUACUUGAAGGACGGUGGUCGUAUGAUCCCACAACGUGUCCACACCAUCGUUAUCUCUACCCAACACGACGAGAACGUCACCAAUGAGCAAAUCCGUGCUGACUUGAAGGAGAAGGUCAUCAACGCUGUCAUCCCAGCCAAGUACUUGGACGACGCCACCAUCUACCAUUUGAAUCCAUCUGGACGUUUCGUCAUUGGUGGUCCAAUGGGUGAUGCCGGUCUCACUGGUCGUAAGAUCAUCAUUGACUCUUACGGAGGUUGGGGUGCACAUGGAGGAGGUGCUUUUUCAGGUAAGGACCCAUCCAAGGUCGAUCGUUCUGGUGCAUACGCUGCCCGUUGGAUCGCCAAGUCUUUGAUCAGCGCUGGUCUCGCCGACCGUUGUUUGGUCCAAGUCUCAUACGCCAUUGGUGUCGCCAAGCCACUCUCUGUCCACGUCGAUACCUACGGUACUGGAAAGAAGUCAGACACUGAAAUCCUCCAAAUCGUACUCAACAACUUUGAUUUGAGACCAGGUGUUUUGACCCGUGAUUUGCAAUUAUUGAGACCAGUUUACCACAAGACAGCCUCUGGUGGUCACUUUGGUCGUAAUGAUCCAGAUUUCACCUGGGAGACUCCAAAGGUCCUCAAGUUUUAA